AUGACUAUUUACUGGAGUGCAACAAAUGGAAUCAAUAGUAGCGGAAAUACAAGAAGUAGUCCUGAUAGAAUCAAUCCAGUGGCUGAUGUGAAAAGAGGGAAUAAAUGGAUUGUGGUCACGAGUGUGAAUUAUCCAACAGAAGAUGUGAAGAGACUUUCGUCAUUUGAAGAAUGGAAUCUGGUGGUUGUUGCAGAUACGAAAACUCCUGUCGACUGGGAACUAGAAACUGUUCAUUUUUUAUCUGUCGAUUAUCAGAAACAUUUACGACUAGGAUUGAAUCAGUUCGACUAUGAAGAUACUGUAUCUGGAGUACGGUAUCAAGUUAAAAAUUCCAGUGAAAUUAUACAACGUCUAUUCAAUCCAUAUCGAUUCUAUGGGGUAGAUCAAAUGUGGCCGAGAGGAUUUCCUUUGGAAUAUAUUGAGAAACAUACAAACGGAAAAGAGAAUCAAGUAUUGUGUUAUAAGAUGAAAAGAUCAUCUGUCCAGCAGGGAUUAGUUCAUCAUGAUCCAGAUGUUGACGCCGUUUAUAGACUCUUGAAUGCUGAUUCCAAUAGCGGAUUAGAUGUGAAGUUCAAUAAAUUCGCCCCGCCCAUUGCAUUAUCAGUUGGAACCUAUUCUCCAUGGAAUUCUCAAAACACUUUGUUUCACAAAUCAGCUUUUCAUACAUUAUUCCUUCCAACAACUGUCUCAUUUAGAACAACGGACAUCUGGAGAUCUUUUAUCUCACAGAAAAUCCUUCAUUUAUCUGGAUUGACUGUUUCAUUCGUACCCACAAAUGCGAUUCAAUUUAGGAAUGCACAUGACUAUUUGAAAGAUUUCAAAGACGAAAAACAAGUUUAUGAAGAUUCUGGAAAGAUUAUUGAGUUUUUGAAUGGUUGGAAUUGCUCGAAAGUGAUUAAUUUGGAAGAUUGUAUCAAUGAAUUAUUAGAAGAUCUGGUUGAGAAUAAUCUGUGGGGAGAAGCUGAUUCGAAACUGAUGAAAUUGUUUUUGAAUGAUUUGAAAUCAAUGGGAUUCAAAUAUCCUGACUUGAUAGGAGAGAAAUAUGAAGAUCCAUACUUUGCAUCUGAUAAUGAAACAGAUCGAAAUGUGAAUUGUAGACGAAUGAAUUUGGAAUUCGAACUUGUUGAUCCGAAGAAAUAUGAUCAGGAAAACAUUCGGAAAGCUGAGCAAAAAAUAAAUAAUUUCGGAGACUUGGUUGAUUGGUGUAAUGAAACAGGGUAUUCUAAUUUAUCGAAAUCGUUUCCAUCAGCCAAACAACUUUCCGAAAAACAUGAAGAAUCUUUUGUGUUGCAGCAAGAUAAAAACAGUGUAUUAAUUGCUGUGAAUAAUUUUCCCUGGAAAUAUGGAGUCGGACUGAUUCAACGACUCUAUCAGCCAUAUUUUGCAGCUGUCAUAUUCUGUGGUUCCUGGUAUUCUGAUGAAGUUGUCGAUGUGGAUAAUUACACUUCAACACUCAAUCCGAUCAAUUAUAUUCAUAUGAAUCCAGCUGAAAUUCACAAAGGAUAUUUUGCCUAUCACUGUGUGACUCUUGUCAAAGAAAUGCGGUUGAAUAAUGUGAAUGGAUACUUUUUGAUGGCUGAUGACACUAUUUUCAAUAUUUGGCAGAGGAUUGAUCACUCAAGAGUUCAUCAUUUAAUGGGUCCCGUAUCAGACUAUGGUUAUAACUGGUGGAAUCUUGAAUACGGUCUUCGAGCAGCAAAAAACAUAGUGCUCACAAUAAAAAACAACACAGAUCCAAAGAUUGAAAACGCGUGGAAACAAUUUGACGAAGGACUGAAGACAUAUGGUUACAUGAAAGAGAAUCAUACAGCUUUCGAUGAAAUUGCAUCUGGAAAAGGGAAGAGUGUCUCUGAUUUCUACUACAUUCCAACGUCUCAAAGUGAAUAUUAUGCAGUUCUCAUGAGAGUUUUCUAUGAGAAUCUGUUCUUUUUGGAGUUAGCUGUGAACAAAUUCGUCAAAUCUGUCGACCAUCAAGUAUACUGUGGAUCUAUACUUCAAACUUGGUCGGAUAUUAUAUUUGGUGGAUCUCAAAACUUUACAGUGAAAGCAGAUGACGAUCCGGAUAGAACAGUUGACUGA